CGACUGAAUAAACGGAAACCACAACCUCUAACCCAAAAAACCCAAAGAUAACUUUAUCUCCACCGUUGCAACACCACACCAAACCGUUUUUUCGCCAUGGAACAUCCACACCCUCUGCAACUUUUCGAAGCCGACCAAAACAACAAAAUAAUUUUAAACCCAGACGUCCUAAAAAUCCUCAAAAGCGCCAACAUCAAAAACAAGAAAGUGUGCGUCUACUCAAUCGCUGGGGCCUUCAGAGAAGGAAAAUCCUUCCUUUUGAACUUUCUCGUCCACUAUUUUAAGAACGAAAAUGAAGAAAACUGGCUACAAACGAAGAAAACUCUGACCAAAGCUUUCCCUUUUAGACCGGGUUUUGAGCGCGAAACCGUCGGGGUACUCAUGUGGUCUGAAAUUUUCACCACCAAGCGCGCCAACGGCGACGAGGUUGCUGUGAUUAUUUUAGACACUCAGGGUACUUUUGACCACAAAACGGCUUCAGCGGAGUACACUGCGUUUUUCGCCUUAAGCGUACUGGUGAGUUCCGUGCAGAUGUAUAACCUCAAGGACGAAAUCAACAUGGAUCACCUGAAAGCUCUACAGCUGUUUUCAGGGUACGGCAAAAUGUUCACGAACAGUUCAAGCGAACAACCCUUCCAGAAACUAGUGUUCGUGGUUAGAGACUGGAAGUACGACCACGAGUACCCAUUAGGGGCUGAAGGUGGAACGAAGUACCUCGAAACGGUGUUCAAAAAACAGAAACUGUCAAACAAAGAAGAGUUGCUUGAAAUACAACAAAGCAUUGAAGAGAAUUUUGAAGAAGUGAAGUGCUUUGUGCUACCGCACCCCGGAAAAGCAGUCACCGGUGUAGAUUUUCAAGGACACUUCAAAGAUGUUAGUAAAGAUUUUCUAAAACACGCUCAAGACUUAGUGGAAACUCUUGUAUCCCCACAAAAUUUGGUGGUGAAGAAUGUCAACAAUGAAGAAAUUUCGGCUGAAGGCCUAGCCAACUUGCUCGAAACUUUGUCGCUGAGUUUCGAAGACGGGAAACGUCCAGAUGUUGCAGAUAUUUUUAUUGUGGUGGCCGAGUUUCACUGGGACGUGCUUACAACCAAGUGUGUCACAAUGUACAAAGAACUACUAAAAAACUGUAAGUCCGAAAAACAAGCUGAACAAAACAAACAAAAAGUGUUGGAAGAAUUUCAAAAAAGCAGGAAAAUGGGAAACAAACUGUUACAACGAGUAAAAGAAAACCAACUAAUUAAUGAACUCGAAGAACUGUUCCAGGAGUACCAAAACAACCAGUCUUUUUUGGGCAAGAUGGCCACCGACGCACGAAUUUACGUAAUGGCUGCCGUAGUACUAAUAACUAGCAUUAAUUAUCGCAAGUGGACGAAAGUCCUUCUGAAGAACACUCUCAACAUUAAUAAGAAGUACUUCAAGAAGAUGGUUGUCGACACGCUCUCACAAGUUAUCGCCAAUGUAAUCGACUCCUUUGGCAAAACUGAAAAAAGGAAGAAAAAGUCGGUCCGAAAAUCAUCCGAUGAAGAUGAAGAAACGACCAAAAGUGACAAAAGAAAGAAGAAAUCUUCGAAAAAAAAGUCUGACAGGGAUGAAGAAAACACAGUUCUUCAAAAUAAAGAGGAAAAAAUUGGGGGACGUGGGGGAUUGAUGAUAGCAGAUGAUUGAGGAGGUAGGAGAAGAAGUAGGAUGACGACACUUUGACAAACUAGCGCCAUCUACCAAACGCUGUUCGGGUUAUAUUUGCAUUCAAAAUGGCUGCACUGACCUUCUACCGCUCUUUCAACGUCUAUGAUCCUGUUCCGAGAUCGAAGAUCCAGGCUCGUCAGCUCUCAUUUUCUCACGAUAGAUUAUGAUGUUGAGAGCCAAACUCAACAAAAUUCAUAUGAUCUCUCUUUCCUUCUCAUAUUUGUUUUGUAGCAGAAGUUGCACUAGAAAAUCAACAAAAUAAAAAUUAAAAAAACGUAUUAAAUAAAGUAAAGAAGCUUCAUUUUCUAA